AUGGGGGGCUUCCUCUACGGUUACGACACCGGGCUAAUAAAUGACAUUUUGGAAAUGGAAUACGUCAAGCAGACGUUCCCCGCCAACCGGGUGAUGUUCACCGCCCACGAACGGGCAGUGAUCACCGCCAUGUUGUCUCUCGGCACCUUUUUCGGCGCCAUCGGGGCGCCGCUAUGGCUGGAUAAAUACGGGCGCAAAAACGCAAUCAUCAUGCUGGCGGCGUGUGUGUUCAGUAUCGGCAACGUCGUCCAGACGGCCUCAUAUAAUAUAGCGAUGAUGUGUGUGGGACGGUUUGUCCUGGGGCUCCUGGUGGGCGUACUCUCCGCAGUCGUCCCGUUGUACCAGGCCGAGGCGUCACCCAAGUGGGUAAGAGGGCUGAUUGUGUUCACGUAUCAGUGGGCAAUCACCUGGGGCCUUCUCAUAUCGCUGGCGAUCUGCCAGGGCACCCGCCACUUCAUGUCGGCCGCCAGCUACCGGUUGCCGAUCGGGCUCCAGUUUGUGUGGGCGUUAUGCCUCUCUUGCGGCAUGUUGUUUCUCCCCGAGCUGCCCCGGUACUACGUGCAGAAAAACCAGUUGGAAAAAGCCCUUAAUAGCUUAUCACACCUACGAAAAUUGCCGGAAGACGAUCCCGACUUAAUCGAAGAGCUUGUCGAAAUUAAAGCGAAUUACGACUAUGAAAUGUCGUUCGGCAAAACCAGCUACCUCGACUGCUUCCGCAGCGGGGGCGGGCGCCACAAGCAAGUGCUCCGGAUGUGGACGGGGAUCGGCGUGCAAGCGUUUCAACAGUGCACUGGCAUCAACUUUGUGUUUUACUUUGGGCUUAAUUUUUUCAACAAUAUCAGUGUGCCCAACGCCUACAUCAUGAGUUUUACCACCUACUGUACCAACACAGUGUUCAGUGUCCCUGGUAUUCUUCUUAUUGAUGUCAUCGGUCGGCGUAAACUUUUAAUGGUGGGUGGGGUGGGGAUGGCGGUGAGUAAUCUCAUCAUCGGCAUUCUCGGCGUCACCAUCCAUUCAAGCAAAGUGAAGCUGGCGGUGUGCGUGCUGUUCUCGUGUCUAUUCAUUGCGUUCUUCGCCUCCACCUGGGGUGGUGUGGCGUGGGCGCUCCCCUCGGACAUUUUUGGUAUCCUGAUCCGGCAGAAGGCGAUCUCGCUUACCACCGCCACCAACUGGUUGAUGAACUUCAUAUUCUGCAUUAUUACACCGUACCUCAUCGACACCGGCAAGCACACGGCGAAGAUGGGUACCAACAUCUUUUUCUUGUGGGGCGGGCUUAAUAUUGCCGGUACGAUAUUUCUGUACCUUGUUGUGUACGAGACCCGGGGCUUGAAGCUUGAAGAGGUCGACUACAUGUACAUGCACUGCCGCAACGCCCGCGAGCUGACCAAGUUCCAGCUGACCAAGAUCGAUUACGACAAUUACGACAGCACGGCGAUGAUCUAUACCUACCUGGACGCCGCGCUGACCACUAGCGGUUCCCUGGAGCCGCUGCCGCUUCCCAAAGAUACCCUCGCCAUGAUCCCUUUCUCCAACCUGAGCAUCGACGGCGAUCUGACGAGCGCGGACUUGAGCAAGCGACGCCGGACGUCGCUGCAAUCGCUGCCGCUGCUGCUGGCGGCGACCCCCGUUCCCGCAUUUAUCCCCACCAUAUGUCCGUUGGCGCUGCCGCCGCUGGACCUGUCGUCCGACCUGGAGUCAGACGACGACGAUGCCGCCGUCGCUCCGACUGCUGCUUAG